UUAAAAUAUCAAGCGUGACUGUGAUACAUCUAGUAGUACAGUAUCCGCUACCAGCUCCCUGAUCUGAUGGAAAUUUUGUCAAGAUAUCGCAAAGACGGCGUCUGAAUGAAGAAUCUGCUCGGUUUUAGAAUUUGCUGGAAUUGUCAGAGCAUGCAGAUUGUUCCAGAGUAUGCAUAUUUUUCGGGGAGAAGCAGAGAAAUGUUUCACCAGUUAGGUUAGCAGUCUGCAGCCAUGUCUUGUUUCUGCAUCCGUCUACAGAAGGACAUCGUCAAGACCUUAGACUUCCGGCAUUGCAAUUUGGCCUUUGUGCCAGAGGAGGUGUAUGAUUAUGAAGAAACACUGGAGGAACUGUGUCUAGACUCCAACAACAUCAAGGACCUGCCUAGGUCGCUGUUUCACUGUGAGUUCUUAAAGAAGUUGAGCAUCUGUGACAAUGACCUCUGUGCCAUACCAACAGCCAUAGCUACUCUGGUGAACUUGGAAGAACUAGACAUCAGUAAAAAUGGUAUUACUGAGUUACCAGAUAACAUUAAAUGCUGCAAGAACCUCCGCAUGGUGGAAAUCAGUGUCAACCCACUGGGCAAGUUGCCAGAAGGAUUUACCCAACUGGUGAACUUGACCCAGCUCUACCUGAAUGACACCCUCCUGAAUUACUUGCCAGCAAACUUUGGCCGGCUGGUGAAACUGACAGUCCUGGAGCUGAGAGAGAAUAGACUCAAGGCACUGCCAAAGUCCAUGGCAAGGUUGACGGAGUUAGAAAGAUUAGACCUUGGCAUGAAUGAAUUCAGACAAUUGCCUGAGGUGAUUGGAUUCUUCACUAAGCUCACAGAGCUGUGGCUAGAUUCAAACAAGCUGACAUCCAUUCCAUCGGCCAUAGGGAACUUGAAGGAGCUUGCAUACCUGGAUGCCUCCUGUAAUCGUAUUGAAUGGUUACCAGGAGAGAUAGAAGGAUUGGACAGCCUAACUGACCUCCAUCUAUCCAAGAACUACCUGCAGGAACUUCCUAAUACUGUUGGACAACUGAGCACCUUACAGCAUCUGAAGCUAGAUUACAACCAGAUCUCCAAUCUUCCCUACUCCAUUGGUGGACUAAUCUCACUAGAGGAGCUGAUACUCACCUAUAAUGAUCUAGAAGAGCUACCUCCGAGUAUUGGACUCUUGAGGAAACUCACUCAUCUCAAUGUUGAUCAGAACAUGCUGCUGGAGCUUCCACCAGAGCUUGGCAGCUGCAGCGCCAUUACCUUACUGUCUCUUCACAGUAACCUCCUGAUGACUUUACCAGAUGAGAUCGGUCACAUCAGCAGUCUGUCGGUGGUCAACCUUUGCAACAAUCAGCUACGUCAUCUUCCCUAUCAAGUCACCAAACUCAAGAACCUACAGGCUCUCUGGUUGUCUGAAAACCAGGGCAAACCGUUGAUCCCUCUCCAGUCCGAGAUGAAAGAAGAACUUGGCAAGAGAGUGCUGACUUGCUUCCUAUUUCCACAGCAACACAAAGAUCUAGAAGAAGAUACAUAUCAGAGUGAUGGAGAAAGUUUCCAUGCUUCCCUUUGGGAGGAACAGAGGCUAAACCGCAGACAGAUAGCAUUUGAUAUUUCAGAGUCAGACUCAGAGCAUAAAAAGAAAAGGGCACCCAUCCCUUACCCCAAGGAAGGCAUCAAACGGAAGAUCCUUGCCAAUAGCCGAGGUAGUAACAAUAAGUCCAGUAGAUCACGCAGCCGACGCAGCAACAUUCUCCCAAACUAUCCCUCUGUAGAUACGUCAAGGAGACGUAGUCCAGCAGGAAGCCUACGAGAGGGGACGUCACGGCGUCCUCGAUCCCCUGCCUCUCCCAUUGCAGACAGCUUGCACUUAUUUCAGGCAGAUAAGGAGAAAAUGGCCAAGGAUAAAGCACGUCUUCGAGGAAGUCUGUCGUCAGCCGGUCGACAAGAUAGUGACACUGAGUCAGUAGCAUCCUCCACAAGAGAAAGAGUUGUGGGCCGAAGAGAAAUGAGGGCUAGAAUGGAGCGAGCAGCAAUGAGUGACACAGAAGCAUUUAUACAGAGCCCUGUCUGGAGCCAUACUGGAGGAAUCAACACCAACAAACAGCAAACUACACAAAACCAUGUUACAAGGUCACCCCACAGUGUUAGCAAGAUUCACAGCCGAGGGUAUGAAUCUGACCAAGUGGAUAGUUUCCGCACACCAGUCCGAUCUCCCAAAGAGCCUCAGAUGCAAGUUCGUCACACCCAGGCACUAAGGAGUAGCAGCGUAGGUUAUGGCAGGGGAUAUGAGUCAGACCAGGUGGAUGCAAACUGGUCUCCACGGGAUGUGUACAUUCAAAGACAAUCCCAACAAAAUUUGGAGACAAACCGCAAUGGCAAUGCAGCAAGCAGUGCUGCUGUUGGUCGUAAGUCAUGGCGAUUGUCACAUCAGCGUAGUUCUGGUUACGGCACAGACCCUGAGUACAGUUACACAGUGUCACCAAUGGAAGACAGAGAAUCCAGGAUGGCUGAUGUGAAACAGAAAAGAGAUGAAAUCCUGCCUCCACCUUACUACAGAGUGCGGCAGCUAAGGGCAAGUGCCCACUCUAGAUCUACUCCACGUAGGCACCUGCUAAAGGCACAACCUCAAAGCUAUAAAGAUUACGGCUGGAUUGAUGGUCAUACACCAUCCAACCCAGGCAAUCAAGCUGCAACUGUUACCCCUCAAUCAACCCAUGAAGUAAACGCAGGGUUGAGAUCUCAACCUAGGGAAAUGGAGACGAGAAAUCAACUUACUGGCAAUGACUUGCAGACUUCAAGGAAACAACCUCAGUUUAAAGGAACAUCAGUGAGAAGUAGGAGUGAUCCAUCAGCCCACUCCGAUACAGAGCUGGCAUCAGGUCAAAGAUGUGACAAACCUACUUACGUACACCCAUUUCAAAGAGAAGCUGUCAAUAAACAUGACAACCCUCAAAAUGAUAGAAUUUCCCCAAACAGCAAACAAGUAUUUUCUGCUGGCCCCAAUCAGGCACGCAGCAGGCAACAUCCUGGAUCAGGGUACCUGGUGGAAAGAAAGAGAAAUUUCCCUGCUGAUGACAGAGUACCACAAGUUAGUAAAGAACACCAAAGCAGCCACAGUGAUGGAGGAGACAGGCAUAGAAAAGACACACAGUUCCAUGAUACUUUACAAAGAAAGCCUCCAGUUUUGGCUGAAGAAAGCUAUAAUACACACUUUCCUAAUUCAGAAAAGCCAGGCUCUGAAUUCAACCAACACCCAUCCAGGCCAGCAGACUUUACAACCACCAACACAAGACAGUCCAAUUGGCCACACAACAAGCUCACAAACCCUGAGAGUGAACCAGUCCCCACACAGAUACACUGGCAGACAUUGAAGACAGAGGAUGGCAACCCUGAAUAUCUCAACUCACUGGAAGGUAGGCGACAACAGGGGGCAGCCCGUCUGAACCCACGAAUCAGCCAUAGCCUGCCUAGGGAUGUGACCACUUCCCCAGAACAGCCAGAUGAGGAAUUUAAACUCAAUCUCACCCAACAAAAGUCAUCAUCUCUACCUAGGUCAGAAGUUAGAAGUGACAGGGCAUCAAAGGAGACCACCACAGAAGACCAGGAUUAUGGCACAGUGACUGAUCGCCAAAGACAUAGAAGCGUCAAGAUGAGACUCCAUGGAGGAGCACCCAACUAUGCUACCUCUGAGCCAGAGCUCAGACAGUCCUUCCAACCUCCACCUCAGACAGGAACUCCCAUGGACCAAGCUGGCUGUAGACUUACCCUGCAGCCCAGAGGUGGGACAAUAGAGCAGAGGAGGUCACAAAGUCCAGUCUUCGAGAAGCGUGAUCAAAGUGGUGCAGGAGAGGCGGUCAGGUUCCCCCUCGGUCUAACCUCAUCUACACCUAGUGUUGGUGGUGGUUCUAGACCACAGAGUCCCACACAUUCACGACCACACAGCCCCACUAAUCCUACCCACUAUGGAAGCAGACCAAACUCUCCCAAGGACCCAGAUGUAUCUCAGCAACCCAAAUCAUUUAAUCCUAUAAAUCGGAACAAGUCCAGUAAGCUCCCUCUGCAUGCAAAUGAAAGACACUAUGACAGCGACUACACACUCGAAAAACCCAACUAUAAUCGCAGGGGCUCAGACUCCUUUAUCACACAGAGGCCAAAGGUCAACCGGCAAAACAAUCCCCCAAUCUCUUACCAGAGUAGACUGAGAGAUAGUCUUCGUGGGGCACUCCCUACCCCCAUAGUGGGCAGUGCCCAACAUCAGACCAAGCACAGUAUCAAUACCCCUGAGUUGAACCCACGGGGCACAUCCAGUCAAUCAUCUAAUGUGCCUUACCCAGACUUGUGGCCUCAGGAUUCCUCAGGUUAUGCUAGUGACCAGAAUGACCAGGGAUGGAAGAGAGCUUCCUGCAGCACGCCUUCAUCCUCAGUCUUUCAAGGUCAAUCAUCUCCACCUAUGUGGAGACCAGGGUCAGAUGUCACACCACCCAACCAUCGAUCAAGGCAUCCCUCAUCAGAGCCUCCAGACAAGCCCGUGGAAGCUAAAAGGAUUCCGGUAGUCAUCUACAAGAACCCAGGCCUUGGUUUUAGCAUCACGGGAGGUAAAGAUGCCCCAGGGAACCCUUUUCGACCAUUUGAUUGGGGUAUAUUUGUGACCAAGAUCCAGCCUGGUGGUCCAGCAGAUGGGGUCCUUAGGCCAGGAGACAAACUUUUGGAAGUCAACGGUCGAAGCUUUGCAAGCAUCCUGCACGAUGAUGCAGUCAAAAUGUUGCGCAAGAGCAACCCUGUGUCUAUCGUGGUCCACCGACUCUGUACCGACAACCGCUGAGUAGUUAUGUAUUCAGUAAUUAAAGACAUGCAAAGGCAUCAUAUCUUGUGAUUAUAGAAGAAGUUGAUUGUUUGAAAGACUUCACAACAUAGCAGCUGCUUAUAGCUAUUAAGGGCAUGACAGUUCCCAAACAGUGAGAUCAUUACACUGAUGUUGGUUCCCUCUAAGCAAGGGGAAAGCAUGUAGCACACAGGUAUGGACCAGUGUUGCUUGUGUUCCAGGCAUUGCCUGAAAGUAUCAAUACAUAUUCGUUCCAUGCAUUGACAACAGAUGGCACAUUUUUACAUAGUAAUAGCAAACUUCAAGCUGAAACACACUGCAUGUGCCCACCAUCUUUGCACAGGCUUCAUAUAACCCGCUAAUGGAAUGUACCAGUACAGCUGCCAUGUGCAUGCCAGGUGUGUAUACUCGAUACUGCUUGGAAAGUACUCCACCAGCCUUUCUCUUUGCCACUGAGGGAGCUCUUCUAGUCUGAUUAGAGGGAAAGCCAUUUGAGGCUGUUUGUUCAAACCUCAGCUUCAUGUCUUACACUAGCAUUGCUCUUGGAACCAAUACGUGUCUGUUACUGUGACAUAAGUAUUACAGUGUGAAGGCGAAUCAUAAGACUUUCCCUUUGGUUUGCAUAUUGAAGGCUUUAAAAUGGCUAAGCCAGAGACAAAGUCAAGAAUUGAAAGGGGCAUUCUAGCCUUUUGGUGUUCGUAUGCUGGUGGCCUCCCAGCAAGGCAUGCUUCUUUUCCUUGGAUCAGCUGAUUACCUUGUGUUUUACUUCACACUCAUGCCAUCAAAAAUUAAAAAACACACUCUACAAAGUCUUGUAAAGAUCGAAACUUCCUCCUCGCUUGUCAAAGUCCAGCAUGCGUUGCUGCUCAAUGCCUUCAUAAAUCAGAGAUGUCAUGAAUGGUUCAUGUUCAUUUUUCUAAGGAGGCAAGGCCUUGGAACAGAUGUAGCCUUCUCUUAUGUUUAGCGAAGUAUGAUUUCUUUGGAAGAACCUUGAAAACAAUUACUGUAAACUAAGCCUUCAUAUUUUGUAUUCCUGGAAAAAAAUAAUCAAAACCUUGAAAUCAGUCAUCAAACACUGAUGAGUGAAUGGCUGAAGAGACUAUAUUUUGUAAUAAAAGUUGUGUCUAUUAAAAAGAGUAUUCAUGUACUUUUGGCACAUUGCAGCCAUGUUUGUUCAGACUAACUGUGCUUUCAAUUUCUGCCCAAUGCAGGUUUUAAUCUUUCUAUGCACUCUUUCUAAUGGGUUUCCAUUUGCAAGUUUUUGGUAUUUACAGGUGCGCUUUGAAGAGUCAAAAAUUCCAGUACAUGUAUCUGAAAAACUGAAGUAGCCUGAAAGUUUUUGAUAUUUGGAGAGCAAACACAAUUAAAUACCCUUAUAUUUAGAUAAUAUUUUCUACUUUUUCCCUGCCUUGAAUGUUUUUGAAAGAAAAGAUAUAGUUUAACAUAACCGACGAUAGUCUUCAAGAGGGGACAUUCAAAAUGUGGUUAUUCAAGUAGAGAAGAAUUUAUUUUGGAUAUGCAAACUGAUCCUUUAACAGAAGAAAGAAUUUCAAAUCAGGCUGAGGAAAUGUUUUAGAAGCACAAUUAGCCUGGAAGAAUGCUGGAAGAGUUUUAUUCUAAAAGUCAUAUAGAAUAGAGAAAACACUUCUUUGUUUCUAUUAAGGUAUUUUUCCCACAGCCAUCAGUGAGGAGCAGGCUAUUUUUAAAUUGUUAAUCUGUUAAUCUGAAAGGAAUAGAUUAUCCCAUAAAUCACUGUACACUACAAAUUGCCAUAUUCACUGUUGUUAUACUUAGGAUUCCAUUCAGUUCGUUGUUUGAGAUAUGUUACCUACGAGGCAAAUCUGUCCUUUUGUAACCAUAGACAUUAUGUCUUUGUCAAGUAAUCAGCCUCAAAGCUCACCAAAAUUGAGGCACUUCUGGAUUACAUCUGACCACAGAAUUGAGUAUUUUCCCCAGGCAGGACCAAGAGGAGGUUGAAUUUUCCCAGCAGUGAAUGCUCCUUUGGUAGGAACUGCACUUCACUGAUCAACAAAUGACUGUGAAGUGCAUGCAGUGUCAGUAUACCAACAAAACGAACAUUCCCCACCAACAUGGCACAUUUCAACCCACAAGGGGGUGCCUCUGAUCAAAGUGGAGUAUCCCCUCAGAGGAACUGGCCUUCAUGGAAUAAAGAAGCCCAAAUUUUGUAGUUAUCCACAAGCUUCAGAACAACCAACAUUUUGCUUCAAUGGGUGCUAUUAGAAUGAAUGUUGGUAACAAACAAAUUAUUACCAUACUGUUUGUGCCACAUUUUCUCUUUUCAAGAAUUCAUCAUUUUGUAAAAUUCAUACAGAGAUGUUAUUGCUGCUUUAUUGAUAUACAUUUUGAUAAACAGACACAAUUACCAUGUAUUCAACCUAAUGCUAAAUCAAGAAGUAUUUAAGUUCCACUAAAUUACUAAUUAAUACCAGGGGAAUGUUGUGUAUUAAAGUUAUUUAGGCCAGUUCUUUCUUGAGAAAAAUAAUUUCCCAAUGUUGAUUAAGUUCCUGCACUUAAACUGUAACUAGUAUUACUUAUUGCUGGGGAUGUCAAGGUGUUAUGCUUUUCCUUUCCCAUUGAAACAAGACAAGUGAUUCGUGUGUUGUCAACAUGCUUUGAACUUUUAAUGGCUUAUGAUCUUGUAGUGUUAUUGGAAGAAUUCAGUUCAAACUUGAAGCACUUGCUGGACCUAUAUGUUAAUUGGCUGCCAAAUGAAUGUUUUGUAUAUGCCAUGAUCUAUGCAAAGUUUUCCUCAAGUACUUUUAACAAAGUGCUUGCAAAUUAUUUUCCUGCACGGGCCACAAUUUGCACUGGAUUUCUCCAUUGGCCACAGAUGGAUAGGGGAUUGGGGAGAAUAUGACUGUAAGAAUACACCAGAUAAUUAUUUCCUCUGUGAUCUGUUCAUAAAACAGUUUUUCUUGAAUUUGUUUAUUCAAUUUGCAAGUUUUCUCCAGCAUGUCAGGUGUUCAUGUCACUGCUUGGAAUUAAUCCGAUUUUGUGUUACUGCAGCCUUACACACUUGUUCUGUAGUUUUCAGGACAACACCAAUGUUGAAAUCUGAGACCUGGUAUUGGGGGACUAGUAAUUAGGAUUCAGAUCCCAUAACUGAAGAUGCAAAUGGCAAAUCAAAUACAGACACGUGACAAACAUGCAUCAUAGACAUAGCUUCAAACUCUGCACUGUAUUUGACAAAGUCAUUAUACUGUAUCUCAAUUAUAUUCAAUCUUUUGAAUCGUGCGUAUGAACUUCAACACAUAUUUAAAAUUGAGCUUUACAACUACAUUUGCAACUUUAUCUAAAAGGUCGACAUUUGAUUAAGGGUGUUUUGUUUGGUGUGAUCCAAAAUCAGGAUCAUUUAAAUCAUUACAUUUGCUGGGAGGGAUGUGCUGUAGUCAAGUGCUUUUGAUUACAAAGUGUUUAUUGCAAAGUACAUGUAUUCCAAUAUUAUAAUAAUUAGAGGCUUUUCACAGAUUGCUUUGUGAUGUCAUGAACGUUUUGUACUUUUUAUGUGUGCAGACCAGCUUUUUGAAAUUUUAAAGAUGACUUUUACCCUUUUUUGGUAUAAACCCAAGGCCUUUCUGGCCAGGGAAAUUUUGAGGUGGAAAGUUCACCAUUCCCAUUAACUUCUAAUUGAGUAUUCUCCAGUGUAGAUUAAUUUAGCAAUAUUAAUUAAACGUCAUUACUGAAGUGGUUUAUUGCAACCUACAUGCAUAGGUCAUAUUCGAUGGCCCAUUGACAAGUCAUUGAAGAAAAACUUGCCAAAAUGGAUGUCUACAUCAGCUGAUGUAUGCCUGAUCACAGUAUCAUGACUUUAAUAUCUUUAAUGUCAUGAUUGCCAGAUAGUCUUGUAACUGUUUAAUACUAUUUUGCUGUGUUUAUUUCAUGUGUGUUGAAAAUGUUGAACUUAGGCUGAAAUUACAAUUUCUUAUCUGCUGAUUGUACAAAGGCUGAUGAUGUGUGAUUGUGAAAUGCAUUGUUUUCUGUAAUUCUAACCAAAAUGUGAAAUAGUUACGAUAUUUGGUAUGAAGGUACAGUUGGAACCUUUACAUAUGACCAUUUAUACUGGGUGAAAGUGUCCAACAGCAAAGUAAAAAGUACCAUUUCUAAGAACUAUUUAUUUAAAGCUUAACCUUACCCACGUAGGUACAUGUAGUUAUUUAUAUCAAAAAGAACCAAAUUUAUAUUCUUUCAUGUACAGCGUUUCAUACUUUUCAUAUCAUUUUGUAGCACUUGUAUACACCAGUGUUAGACCAAACUGUUCCAGAAAAAUAAAUGUUUUCAAGUUGUGAAAUGAA